AUGUCGAUGAAUAGAGCUAAAUACACUAAAAAUGAUUUGCAAGGUAAAAAUAAUGAACGUUCGGGAAGAAACCGGUCAUUCUCAAGUAUAGUAUCAGAGAAAGGUAAUCAGAAAAAGCGCGGACCAAUGGUCAAACGUUAUAAAACACUCUUAACAUGUGUUGUCUGUCAUGGUGAUGCUCAUGGUUACAAUUUUGAUGCUAUAUCAUGCGAGUCAUGCAAAGCGUUUUUCCGUCGAAACGCAUUACGAUCAUUGGAAAAGUUAAAAUGUCGUGGUACCGAUUCCUGUGAUGUGGCAUUCAAUGUGCGAAAGCGCUGCAAAAGAUGCCGGCUCGAAAAAUGUAUUAAAUGUGGUAUGCGAAAAGAAUGGAUUCUUUCGGACAAAGAAAAAGCAGAAAAACUUGUGAAAAUCGAAGAAAAUCGUCGCCUUAAGCAAAUCAAUGAUAACAAUCAGCGAAAUGGUUGUUCAGGAAAAAAUAAUUGUAAAAACGAGGAUGAUCUAUCUUUGGUUUUAUCACCAUUUAUCAAUGAACCCAUUUUAAAUGACUUUGAUUGGUUUAGUAUUCAAUUUGUUCAAGAUUGCUUUGCUGAAGCUGUUCGAUUAAAUCAAAUUUCUGGUAUAUCAUAUUAUCCAACAACAAAAUCCAUGGAAUCUACAGCUGAUUUAUUUCACUUUCCAUUACACAUAUCAGCAAUGCGUCUAGUAGCUUAUAUAAAGCAAAUCAAUGAAUUUCAACAAUUGGAUGCCGACGAUCAAGUUUAUCUGGUUAAAUUAAAUUUAUUAACAAUUUGCUUUCUUCAUUCAAUAUUUACUUAUGAUCCAAGAACCGAUUGUUACCAUGAACGGGAUACAAUGGAUCCAGUAGUAUCUGGUAAAGAUUGGAAUACAACAUUAAACAGGCAAUUCCAUAUUGAAAUGAAACAAAUACGAAAUGAUUUAAUUGAUAUAUUUCAGUCGGAUGAUAUUGUUGUUAAACUAUUUUAUUUAAUUCUCCUAUUCUCAAAUCAAAUGUCUCUAAAUCAAUCUUCUAAAUGUUUACUAACAGAUAAUAAUUCAUUGAGUAUAUUCAAAGGACAAAAUGUAUUUACCGAUUUAGUGUACAGAUAUUGUUUAUAUCAAUAUGGCUUUGAUCAAGCACCUAUGUUAUUUCUACGAUAUGUUAAUAAAUUAAUGAAAAUUCAAAAAUUGGUUGAUGAAAUCAAAUACACAAUAAACAAUUACAUUGACAUAGGAGAAUUAUCACUGUUAAUGCAAAGCCUUCUUAUGUGA